AUGGAUUCAGAUGAGCUGGAAGCCUUCCAGCAGGAACUCACCUGCUCCAUCUGCAUGAACUGCUUCCUGGACCCCGUCACCAUAGACUGUGGGCACAGCUUCUGCCGUCCCUGUCUGAGCCUUUGCUGGGAAGAAGACCAGACUCCAAAGAGCUGCCCUGAGUGCAGGGGAAUAUCAGAGAGGCCCCAUUUCAAAACCAAUAUUGUCCUCAAGAGGCUGGCUUCCCUUGCCAGACAGGCCAGAGCUGACCACGACCACCACUCUGAGGAGCAGAUCUGUGAGACACACCAGGAAGCCAGAGGCCUCUUCUGUGAGGCUGACCAGACCCUGCUCUGCGGGCCCUGCUCUGAACGCCCCGAGCACGCAGCUCACAGCCACAGUCCCAUACACAGGGCUGCUGAGGAGUCCCGGCUAGGUAAUACCUCUGGAGCAGAGAAACUUCUAAAGAGAAUGGGCUCUUUAUGGAAAAUCAGAGAAUAUAUGAAAAUCAUUCUGAACCAGGAAGCUAAAAAAAACAAGGACUACGUGGCCUUAAGGAAGGUGAUGAUCAAGCUUGAGUAUCAGAGGAUGCUUCUGUUGCUCCGGGAGGAGGAGCAACUGCAUCUGGAAGCCCUGGAGAGAGAAGCCAAGGAGAUUUGUGAACAACUCAAGGAGAGUGUGUUCCGAAUGACUCAACAGAGAGAAACUCUGAAAGAAAUGUACAGAGAGAUGAUGGAGAUGUGCCACAAGCCGGACGUGGAGUUGCUCCAGGUGAGAAAGGAGGGUCAGGCUGACUUGGCACAGAUGCAGAAGCCUCAGCCCGUGAACCCAGAGCUCCCUUCCUGGCCGGUCUCUGGAUUCCUACACAUGCUGAACAACUUCAGAGUGAAUAAUGUUCUGAGUCAGACAACGACUGUUCACCAUGCGAUCCUGGAUGAUGCAAGUGUACUGUUUGAGGAUGACCAUCCCGGCGGGUCCAGACAGCCCUGGGGUGGGGCGUGUGCUGUGUCCUGGGGAGUUUGGGCCUUCACCUCCGGGAGGCAUUACUGGGAGCUGGACGUGGCACUGUCCUCCAGCUGGGUUCUGGGAGUCUGUAAAAGCAUCUUCACACGUGAUACCAGUAUCAGUAUUGGUGCUGAAGAAGCAUUUUUUCUGUGUUCUACAAAGGUGAACAGUCAGUAUAUUCUGUCCACCACCUCCCCACGCUUAGUUCAUUUUGUGAAAAGGCCUCUGGGUAGAAUUGGAGUGUUUUUGGAUUAUGACAAUGGAACUGUGAGCUUCUAUGAUGUUUUCAGAAGUUCCCUCAUAUAUAGUUCCCUUCCUUCUGCUUUCUCCUCCCCUCUGAUACCUUUCCUUUGCCUUAAAUCUCCAUGA